GUCCCGGUCAAGUCAAUCAUUCAAUGUCAUAAUAAUAUUCGUAAAUCGUAUUAUUAUCGUCAUUAAAAAAAUAACUCAAGAUUUUUAUGUAUAAACACCGUACAUUUGUAUUUAGUGUAGUGUCUAAGACACUUUCGCGAGUACUAGACUUUUAUUGAUCGUUUCCAAGUUAAGAAUCGAUAAUGAUACUGAGCGAGAUUUUUACUGAAGAUUUGAUGAGCACGUUGAUAAAAUAUGGCCUAUACCUUGGUGCAGCUUUUCAAUUGAUAUGUCUACUGGCCUGUGUUACUUUGACCGACGAACAGUCUGACCCGGAUGCUUAUGAACAGCCAUACACGGACAGUGAUGAUUACAGCUCGGAGCACUCAUCUCCAGGACACCGAGGUAAUCGUGCACGGAAGCAUGACAAGAAGAAGCGACGCUAGGUACAACACCUAAAAGUUAGUAGUAUGUAGCUAUCGCUCAUUACAACUUGCGUAAAUGCUACAAUAGUAAAAUAUUGGUGUCUAUGUAGCUGCUAUACAUUCCAUAAGUGCAA